AUGGAAACCAACAAGGAGCCCGCCCUCCCCAGCUGGGACACCGACCCAGCAAACGCCAGGAACUGGACCCUGCCCAAGAAGCUCUACAACACCGCCGUCCCCUCCUUUGCCCUCGCAAUCUACUCCCCUUCCCACACCCACACCCAGGAAACCUUCCACACGAGCACCACAACCUCCCUCCUCCCCUUCACAACCUACGUCUACGGCCUUGCGUUCGGCCCCAUGAUCGCCGCCCCACUGAGCGAGACAUACGGGCGACGCCUAAUCUACCUCCUGAUGACGCCGCUCUCGCUUUUGUUUAUUCUCGGCGCUGGCUUCAGCACGAACAUAGCCGCCUUGUUAAUAUGCCGCCUGUUCGCGGGCCUCUUCAUCUCUGCGCCUCUCGCCGUGGGCGCCGGAACAAUUAUGGAUAUCUGGACUGGGCCCGCUGCGCACUGCGCUGUUGUCAUCCUCAUGACGACCGCCUUUCUGGGCCCGGCCAUUGGGUCUCUCGUUGGCGGCUGGAUCGCCGAGUAUAAAGACUGGCGAUGGUCGCAGUGGACGACGCUCUUCCUCGGUGCUGGCCUGUGGGCGUUUAGUUUCGGAGCGAAGGAGACAUACGAAAAGCCCAUUGUCCGCAGGCGCGCAGCUAACAUAGGUCUCCCUGUCCCGCCUAACCCUAUACCAUCUGGAAUACCCGGGAUCAAGGUAAUGCUGACCUCAACCCUAACUCGUCCGCUGUACAUGCUCCUCACCGAACCCACCGUCCUCCUCUGCUCGCUAUACUCAAGCCUGAACUUCUCCGUCCUCUUCUGCUUUCUAGCCUGUGUGCCCCUGGUCUACAGCACAGUCUACGACUUCUCGCCCGGGCAGUGCGGGCUCGUCUUCAUCGCCCUGGCGAUAGGCUGCCUCGCCGGCGCGGGCAUCCUACUCCUCAACGUCAUUUAUUCAUCACGCAGGCCCACAGCCGCGAAUACAGACGCAGAACCCCGACCACCAGAGACUACCCUCUACCCCGCGAUGCUCGGCGGCCCGCUCAUGGCGGCAUCGCUAUUCACGUUUGCAUGGACGACGACAGAACCGCGCAUCCAUUGGAUCGGUGGGGCCAUCGCACUGGGACUCUUCGGGUGCGCGAAUAUCAUGGUCUUCGUCUCAACAGCCCUCUACCUAGCAAGCGUCUACGGCGCCUCCCAUGGCGCCUCGGCGCUCGCCGCAAACGGCCUCCUCCGGUAUCUCGUCGGCGGCUCGUUCCCGCUGUUUACGAUCGCGUGUAUGUACCUCGCCUCCCUAGACAUGGACCACGUCCCCGUCCAUUGGCCAAAUCCGCGAACUAACAAGGGCGUCCCUUUCUUGGCCGCAGUGUACAAUAACCUUGGCUUCGCGUGGGCGUCGAGCCUACUGGGUUUCGUGGCCGCGGCGUUUGCGCCUCUGCCGUGGGUGUUUUAUGCCUUUGGGGGGAGGGUUCGGGGGAGGAGCUUUUAUGCUGUUGCUUGA